GAAAGAAUAUGUGGUUAUGUGUGUUUACAUAUUUCGCACGAAUCUUAUAACCACUGAAGUAAUAUUGUGUUCUUAUUUAAAGUUAUUAUAAAUAAAAGAAACGUUCAUUUGAUUCUUAACUACAUAAUUAAAGGAAUUAGCUAUUUAAUAUGAAUAAUUUAAUAAAAUCGAUUAUUAAAAAAGAGUGUAGAAAUCGUGCAGAUUUAGUUUUGAGGUUAUCUCGCAAUAUUAAUUAUAAAUCAGGAGUAAUAAAUAAAAUGGUAAAAUCCAAAGAAAAAUUCAAUUAUGUUAUUAAUGUUCGGACAUAUGGUAAUCAGUUUAUUAAUGAAAGAAAACGGUGCAAUGACCAAAACUUAUAUAUUUACGACGAUGUAAAUUCAGAUGGUCGAAUUACGGAAAAUCAAUAUGCUCGUCAAUAUCUUCAACAUUCUAUUCAUUUCAAUGAAACAAUUGUACCGCAAAGAAAAGUGGAAGUAAUAGUUACAGACGAAGAAGCAGAAAAAUUAUUAAACAGAAAUUGGUCAACAGUUGAUACCGUUGAAGUAGUUUCUGCUUUCAGGAUAUUGUCAUAUAAUAUCAUAAAUAAAAGUGAUGAUGAUGUUAACGAAAUAAGAUAUAAAUGUAUCUUGAAUGCUUUAAAGGAAAAUAUUAAUAAUCUUACAGAUAAUUUACUACAAGAAGUAUUAUUUAAUUUAUUACCAUUUCAAAAAUAUUUACAAGAUACAAAAAGCUUUAAAGAUUUAAUUAAAUUGCUUGAUAGGCAUUGUGAAAAACAAUAUAAACAAUGGUCUAUUAAUAAAAUGUUUUUAAUAGCUGAUACAUUUUAUUGUCUUGACGUAUAUAAAAAUAGUAAUUUUAUAUGGAAAUUAUUAAGAAAAAUGAAUUCAAAGCUAAACAAACUAACACCAAAAAAUUUAGUACAACUUAUGUUUUUUGUUAAUAUUAAUCGUAAAACUCCAUUAAAUAUGUAUGAAGUAGAAGUCAUUUUAGAAGAACAUUUAAACGAUCUUUCUAUAAACGAAUUAGGUAUAAUAGCAAUGGGAUUUUUUAAAAGUAAGACAAAAAUUAAAAAUCCCAAACUUAUAAAAGCAAUCAUAAAUCGUUUAAUUUGUGAAAUAAACAAAGCAGAUGAUAUUACCAUAUCAGCUUUAUUAAAACUGAUACGGUAUAGCAUGAAAUAUGACGAAAUGAUUAACUUCAAAAUGUUACUAGAUAGCAUUAUACCAAUUCUCUCAAAACUCAACUUACAAUGUUUAAUGCAUAUAAUACAUGUUUAUGCUAAAGUACAUAUGUACACGAAGCCAUUACUGGAUACAGUUAUAACAAGGAUGUAUAAUGAAAUAAAGACUGCAAGAUUAAAAGAUAUAGAAAAAUUAACAUAUGCCUUAAAUAUAUUCUCUGUUGACACUACACAUCCUAUAUAUGAUAAAAUAAUUGAGGAAAUUACUAGUCGUUUAUCUAAUGAUAAGACAGAGAUAUUUAAAUAUCCAUGGAUGUAUGUUAGUAUAUUACGAUAUUUAGCAAUUAGAGGUGUAUUUCCCCUCCAUUUGAUAAAAUUAGCAAUGGAUCCGUCUUUUAUAAACUUAAGAACUGAUGCUUAUAUACUUGGCUGGGAACAUUCUUUAUUAGAAUAUUAUCUGAAGAUAGAAAAACCUGAGUAUACCGGUCCAUUCCUUUCAGAAGGUAUUCUUCUAACUUCAACAAAGCGACAAUGGGAGAUAAUGCAAAUGAACAGAAAAUCCAUGAUAGACAAGAUAUUUACUGAAAUUGUAUAUGUCUUGAAGGAAAUCAUUCUAAAUGAUAUAAAUUUGUAUACUGGUAGAAUAUUACCUCAUUCUGUAAAAAAUCAUGUUGUAUUUGGUCUGGAUGAAAAACAGAAUUUUAUCUCAGCUGAAUCAAUUUUAUCAAAAAUACCUGAUAUUAACAUCAAGAGAAUAGAUGAUACAUUUCCAAAAAACGUAAAAUGGAUAGUACUUGUCGUAGUACAUUAUAAGCAUACAAUUAGAGAAACUAAUGAACCAACAGGUAUUAUAGUAGCAAAAUUAAGGCAACUAAAACAUAUUGGAUACACACCUAUUCUAAUAACAGGUAAUAAUUGGUUAAAACAUUCAAAUAUAAGAGAGAAAAAGGAUUAUUUACUACAUCUCAUAAAAAAUACGUAAUAUUUCUUCUAUUUUUAUCUUAACUUUAUAAAAACUUAAGUUCGUUAAAAAAUUAAUAUUACAUUCGCAAUGUUACAUUUAAUAAUAUAUGUAUAUAUGUAAUCUA